GCGCUGCCCCGGAAGCAUCUCGCCGUGGGCGGGCGGAGCGCGGAGGGCGGAAGCGCUGCGGCGACUGCAGGGAGGGGUCUGGCUCCAGCUCCCGUCGCCCGUCCCGGUCCUCGGCCUCCCGCCGCGCCUCGGCGCACCGCACCAUGGGCACCCGCGACGACGAGUACGACUAUCUCUUCAAAGUUGUACUUAUUGGAGACUCUGGAGUAGGCAAGAGUAACCUUCUGUCUCGAUUCACUCGCAAUGAGUUUAACUUGGAAAGCAAAAGCACCAUUGGCGUAGAGUUUGCAACAAGGAGCAUUCAAGUUGAUGGGAAGACAAUAAAGGCUCAGAUAUGGGACACAGCAGGGCAGGAACGAUACCGAGCUAUAACAUCAGCGUAUUAUCGUGGUGCUGUAGGGGCACUGUUGGUUUAUGACAUUGCUAAGCACCUUACUUACGAGAACGUAGAGCGAUGGUUGAAAGAGCUGAGAGACCAUGCUGACAGCAAUAUUGUAAUCAUGCUAGUGGGAAACAAGAGUGACUUGCGCCACCUGAGAGCAGUCCCUACAGAUGAGGCCAGAGCUUUUGCAGAGAAGAAUGGUUUGUCAUUUAUCGAGACGUCUGCUUUAGACUCUACAAAUGUGGAAGCUGCGUUCCAGACUAUUCUGACAGAGAUCUAUCGUAUUGUUUCUCAGAAGCAAAUGUCCGACAGACGUGAAAAUGAUAUGUCUCCAAGCAACAAUGUGGUUCCCAUUCAUGUCCCUCCAACCACUGAAAACAAACCAAAGAUGCAGUGCUGUCAGAAUAUAUAAGAAUUGUUCAUUCUUUCCUAAAAGGCUGUGUAUAUUCCCCAGGUCCAAGAUUUAAAUAUAUUUGUAAUUCAUGUGAUUACUUUCUUGUGUUCAGUUACUGCUUAUUCCUUCUGAAUUUUCUCCAUGUCUUAAACACUUUGAUUUCAGUGUUUAUAAAUUUAUUGCUUCCAUGUGGCUGCAGUAUUUUCCCAACACCGACUUGGCUCUGGUUCAGUAAAUUGUUUGGAACUGAACUGCUCUCUUUCCAACAUGAUGCCCGCUAGUCAGAGCACAGACAUCAUUUAGUAAGCACUUGAAGAAGUUAUUCUGGUCCUCCCAAAACAAUUACUGUCAGAUUAACUAGGAAAAUAUCUCCGGGCAAGAUAAUCUUUCCUUGUCUCAAGGUGUUGUAUACUGCAUCUAAAGCUUGAUGAAAUGCCUGUUGCUCUGAAGUGCAAUUUUAAUGUAAAGUUAAAUGUUUUUGGCUACAUCUUCAGAAUGUCAAGCUGAGGAUUUUACAGAAUAUUAUGGGGGGGAAAAACCCCUCUUGCAAACAAGCAGCAGGGUUCCUGCUACCUGCACAUGAGCUUUUGUGGUUUGGCAGCUGUUGCAAACGAGGUUGUCAUGAGGCAGAGCUGCUGGGAGGCUGGCCUUGGGAGAUGGUGGUGGAACUCCUUUCGAGGUGCCUCUUGUGAAAUAAGGAAAAACAUGAGCUGCUUAACUGAUUAGAGGUUGCUCUAACACUGGAAUUUGCAGCAUUUUUUUUGUGUUGCCCAAGAAUUGGUCUCCACAGUGCUGGUAGUAUCAGGAUUUGAGGAUAACUUUUUCCUUUGUGGUGCACAAACUUGAAGGCUAUUGUCAUUUAUUUUAAUAUUUCAGAUGCUUGAGCUGAUGAGUCAGUAACUUCCACAACCUAAUCUUAGUUUUCAGUUUUGUUUCAUGCAGUAUUUUUAAAUGAUUCCAGUGGUUUGGUAUCUGUUCUUUGAUAGAAAUACCUGGAGUAGUUUCCUUGCUGGAUGCAUUCAUUCUGUAGCCUGUAUUUCAGUACAAAUCAUCUGUUUAAUUAGCUUGUUCAGGGAUACAUGAAUUGUGCCUUCUGUCACUACCUUCUGAAACCGCUGCAUAUAAUACAGUAUGCUCUGUUCCAAAAUAAGUCACCAAUAUUGAGAUUUGGGGGCUACAGGCACUGAGUUCCUGCAGUAUUUAAAAGAACUGUUGUAUAAAUGCCUGCAGUUAUUUACACAAUUACAGGAAAGUGGUUGUAGGAAAAGUUUCUCAAACUCUGAUAUGACCCACUUGGAGCAUCCACAUUUGGGUAGGCACAACCAGCUGCAUUUCUUAGCCAAACUUUCUGUCUUGCGGUGCUCAUGAUGUGUAAGGCACACGGAAGGCAUUGCUGUAGUCGGUCAUUUGGUUUUUUUAUUCCAUUUCUCCUCCUAGUAUUAGUUCUGAAGAUGCUAUUUUGAUCUGUUUGUAAAUUACUUUGUAUUUUAUGCAUGUACUGUAACUUGAUUUAUUAUUUUUUUAGAUUGAUUUAAAUAUUCAUCCAUAAUUCUAAUAAAGAAUUACAGGGGACGACUCA